AUGAAGAGUAGUUACUUGUUUUUUACAGCCUUCAUGGCCUUAGCAUCUUGUGCUUUAGCAUUUGAUCCCAGCCCUCUACAAGACUUUUGUGUAGCUAUCAAUGACACCAAUAAUGGUGUGUUUGUUAAUGGAAAAUUGUGCAAAGAUCCAAAACUUGCCACUGCAAAUGACUUCUUUUUCUCAGUGAAAGAAGGAAACACGUCAAAUUCACUUGGCUCAAAAGUGACACCGGUUGCAGUUAACGAGAUAUUAGGAUUAAACACUCUCGGUAUCUCUCUUGCUCGCAUUGACUUUGCACCUAGGGGACUAAAUCCUCCACACACUCAUCCAAGAGCUACUGAGAUUCUUAUAGUUUUGGAGGGUACUCUCUAUGUUGGUUUUGUUACUUCUAAUCCGCAAAAUCGUCUCAUUACAAAAGUACUCAACAAAGGAGAUGUAUUUGUGUUCCCUAUUGGUCUCAUUCACUUUCAGUUGAAUGUGGGAUAUGGAAAUGCGGUUGCCAUUGGUGGACUUAGCAGUCAGAAUCCAGGAGUUAUCACAAUUGCUAAUGCUGUGUUUGGAUCUAAUCCAAAAAUUUCUUCAGAUGUUCUCACAAAGGCUUUUCAAGUGGACAAUAAGAUAGUUGACAAUCUCCAGAAACAGUUUUGGUAUGACAACAACUAG